UGAAACCAUCAUGGCUGCCACUCGCUGAGCUGUCAAGCUCCCCACAAAAGAAAAGGUAAAAAAAAAAAAAAAAAAAAAAAAGAAGAAGAAGAAAAAAAGAAAAAAAAAAAUGCGAGACUCAAACUACUCCUGCUUUCUGGCUUUAAUACCUCCCGGCCGGCCGGGCCGUGCGUGCUGCGAUAAUUUACUGCGGUGUUGAGAGGAAAGGGACGCGGCGUAACUUUUAUCGCCAUGCUAAUUGUGCGCCUCAAGUUAUUUCUUGUGUGUGUGCCUGACUCUCUGUGUGUGUGCGUGUGUAAGCUCUCGUGCGUCACGUUAAUUUAAAUCACUCGGUUCACACUGGCCGCUCGCGCUACGUUUCCACGCGCGCGUCGAAGCGGCUCCGAAUGGCGAGUCGAAGUUCUUCAAUCCGAAGUUUAUUUCCCCCGAGCAUUUGUUCGCUCGGUUCAAAGCCAGACCUGACACUCUGUUGUGGUCAAGUCAAACUGCACAAUGGCCGCACGGUAUCCCCUCCUGCUCCUCCUCCUCCUCCUCCUCUUCUCGCGCUCCGCUCCCAUUAAUCUGCUGCUAAACACAAACAAGUCGCCUGGAGAUCGGUGCGUUUCAUUUUCCUUUUUCAUGGCGGUGAAUUGUGUGUGUUGGAGGCAGGCUGCGAAGUUUUAGCGGUGGCAGAGCAGAAACCUUUAAAAAAAACAUGGAUCCUAUGGAUGUCGACGCGGCGACGUCCACGGGAGAUAAAAAACGGCGCGUCAACAAGAGGAGUAGAGAUUGGCACAAACGGCUCCACCUCAGGAAGGCUGCCGCUCGGCCCCCAGCUAUGCAAAGCAGAGAUAAGCAUGGACCAAAGAAGACGGUGGAGGAGCUGGAGAGGAGCGGGUCGCGGAAGCCCCCCCGGAGGCCGCCGCCGCCGCCGCCAAGCGGACUGAGCGAUGGCUUCAACGCUCUCAGGUUCACGUGCUCUCAGUGUGGCGACCGGACGGAGUACGCUCACAGAGACUACGUGAGACACUUCGAGGAGAGACACAGAGGCAGCCCGCCGCUGUUUCCCUGUCACAUGUGUCCGUUCACCACGCAGGAGUUCUCCUACCUUCAGGUGCAUCUCUUAAGCCACGAGGACAAUUUUUCCAGUUGCGGCAUUUGUGAGGACAAUGUAAAGCGCACGUGGCCCGAAUUCACUGCACACCUGACCACGCGUCACUGCUCCAGUGGGAAAUACGUGUGCGAGUUGUGCCAGAAAUUCUCCACAGGUGACGUUAAUGUGUUUUUAGAACACAUUUUACUGCAUAAUCUGAAUCUCGGGGGAGCUGAUGAGCAUUUAUUUCUUCGUCUAAACGACAAGAGGCUGUGUGGGCCUAAAACAAGCAGUCAGAAUUUACGUUGUCAGCACUGUGGUUAUGAGGCAUCUCAGAAAUGGCUGAUUACGAAGCACGUAAAGGCUGUCCACGCUUGCCAGAAUGGUGGCCAGAGGAGGAGGAAGGAGGAGGAGGAGGAUCAUUCCAUAGCAGUGAAACCAAAUGACACGAUCCCCAAAAUGAAACCCAGAUUAACAAGAAGCGCCGUCAGAGAAAUGUGCUGGCUGACACAGGACUGCCUUUCACUGCCGGGGAGGGAGUUUUUGGAUAAAUACUGUCAUCUGUCCGACCCACAAGCAACAUUAGAGGAGACUCAGCAGUUUCUCAUGAAAUCUGUCGCCGGGGACACCGGUGACCCGAAGUGGACCAAGGCCCUUAAGACCGUCUUGUCAAACGUCCCCCAAGAUGUGAACCUCUAUGCCAAAUCGGAGAAUGGCAUUGUGUCAAACGCUUCAGACGUCACCGUGCUCACAGUCAAAAACAAAAUCACAGUAGGUCAGAAUGGUGCUACUUAUGCUAAAAGGUUGAAAAUGAUGUCCUCAGUGGAUAAAGAAAUAGUUUCUGCUGAAAGUGCUGCAGGUGAGGUCAAUCAGAACGACUGUUUGUCCAGCAUGAUCGAUCACACACCUUGUCCUGAAAACAGACCGCAGACGGACGUGCCAGUGCCGACCCUGAGCGAGCCGUGCGGGAGCUCCCGAAUGCAAGAAAACAGGGAGAAUCAGGAUCUAAAGCCCGAUCAGAUACAUGAGGAACGUGAUCACAGACUGGCGAGCCCUGCGCAGGGGGACGGGCUCCACAUAGCCUGUGAAACGAAGCAAACACGCGAGAAGGAAGAGAAGACUUUCAACAAUGUCCUUCCAAAAAUUAGGAUGCCAAAAAAGCGGCGGAAAAGGAGGACAAGGUUUAAAAAAGCGGACAAAAAAGCCCCAUCGAUGGCCUUAAAAAUAGUGUUGAAGAAGAACCCCGUGGAGAAGCAGUGGGUGUCACAAAGCUCCUUGUCUCCGUCCGGACUCGAUGCAAUAGGUGACCCCCACAAACCACAAAUCUCCCUCACGGCAGAGACGCUGCAGACUGUCCAAAACCUGCAGCCGACAGAAGCACAGCAGAAGAAAUGGACCAAAGGUUGCAAGUCCGACCUCCCAUCAGAAGCCAUCAGUUCAUCUCUACAGUUAAAACCGGGGGGAGCGCCAGACGAGUCUGAAUCAGUGAGCCAACGCUCGCUGGAAGGCUCGGCGUCGGGGGAUCAUGGAAUACUGGAUGACACGGAGAAGUCACUCCAAUCAUCCGAAACGCAAGUUGACAGGCGCAGAUCAUCUGGUGGGACGAGCCAGGAGCAUCUCAGGGCCGAAUCGGGGACUGAGUCAGAGACUGGGCCGGCGAGUGCUCGGUUCCAAACCCUCCAGCGUAGCACUGACUGCCAUAUGUCGGAGGAGGAAAAGGGCUCAGCCACUGAUGGAGCCACGCCCCACAGCAGCAUAUCCUCAUCUGUUUCCCAACCUGUCAUUACACCACAGGGUGAGGCGGCGGUCGAGAGAGCCUGCCUCGCUGCUGCUGCACAGCAGGGGGAUGGUGCUGCUGAAGGGACGCUACAAGACGCCCAAGUGCCGGCAGACUCCUCAGACUCCUCCAGCAGCACGCACACAGUUCCAGCCGUCCAGCAGGAGCCUCCACCAGCAGCCUCUGUGUGCCACCGCUGGCGCCCGGUGCCUAAAAAUCUGGAGAGGACCCUGAAGCUAGUAGCCAGAGACUCCUCUCAGCUGGUAAAACAUCCGGCGGGAGAUCAGCCCGUCGUGGUGCUAAACCAUCCCGAUGUCGACAUCCCCGAGGUGGCCCGAAUCAUGGAGGUGGUCAACCGGUACCGGGGAGAGGUGAAAAAGGUUAUCCUAUCACGGAGGACUCUCAACGCCCUCUCGGCUCUAAACGGCGAGCUGCAUGAGUCGGGCGACGCGGACGGCGGCGACGCCGAACCAGAGCGGCGUGAGGAGAACUCGGUACAGGAGAGGUUCGUCUUGAAGAUGAAGCUUCGCAGGCUGAACAGGAAAAAGUACAAAAUAGUGGAGGCGCGCUCUCCCAGCAGAGAGGAGGACGCGACUCCCGCCGCUCCCGCUGCGGCUUCCAAAUUCAGCUGCUGGUUCUGCGGCCGGAUCUUUACGAGUCAGGAGGCGUGGAUGUCGCACAGACGGCGACACCUGAUCGAGUGGAAAAAGCCAAACUGUGAAAACUCUUAAACUGUCGCACACACUGGAUGGAUGAAGUCUGGAAAAAGACGACUUUGCAAUACAAUUUUUU